CUGAUAGCUUGCUUAUCUCCAUUUCAUUAGCCCUUACUCUAGAAAUUUCUCUCAUUCUUUCAUUUCAGGCUUGUUUUUUUGUUUCACUGUGUUGGCUGCUUCCUUCCCCUGUCCCCCUUUCUUCCUAUGUAUUUAGUAGAUCUGCUAUGACUCUCAGUCUGGGUAAGGUGAUCUUGUUUUUUAGGUGACCUGUGGGACCUAAUGGUGCAGUCUCCCUGAUCACCAGACCUGGAUGCUCUAAUAAUGUUUCAUAUGCUCCAAUAAUGCUUUGUGUGGGACCUUCUGCUGUGAUGGAGUCUUGAUCACUAUUGGUCCAUUUUUUGGGGGCUUGGCCCUCUGGCUGGCUGAUAGUGAUUCUCAACCCCUAAAAUAGUGAGCAGUCUGCUCUACAGUUACUUAUCAUCUGAAGUGCAAUUCACCUCAUCAGGGAUUGGAACCUGCCAAUAUCUCCCUGUGGAUAUCAAUGAUUAAAAGUUUGUAGAUCCUUCUGCUGAAGUUGGAUAAGUAUGGACCAGACCAUGCUGAACACCAAAGUCUUGUUUUACUCUCCCAGGGCAGAGUUACAGAUGGCAAAACUCAAAGCACCCAGAAAUCUGCCUCUGCCGGUAGGCUGGCUGUUAGUGUCAGUCACUUAAUGAGCCUCAGUUUUCCAUCCUCCAUUAGAUGUAAACUAACCAAACAGGAAGGAUGAGAGAAAUUCUAGGGUGUAGGGUAAUUGUUUUUCCCUGUGCUAAAGCUUCUUGAAUGGGAAACUUCUGCCUGAAAAAGAUACUGUUUCAGUGUAGGGUAAUGACUAAGCACAGAGGUCUAGACUGUGGCCUUCCCAGCUCUGUCCUCAGAGCCAUGGUUCCCAUAGACUGCAGGCCAGGCAAAGAUUCAAAGUGCCCAGAGAUCCAUCUCUGCCUUUAGACUGACUGUUAGACUCAGUCACUUAAUGAUCCUCAGGCUAACUUUGUUCACUAGAUAUAAACUCCACCAAGUGGGCGGAGUGAGAGAAAUUCCAUUGGGUGAGGCUAUCACUUCACCCUAGGCUAAAGCUGCUUUGAAGGGGAAACAGCCUGCGAUAGAUGGCUUCUUCAACAUGGGGGAAUGACUCGGCAUAGGGCUCCUUGUGGUUGCCUUUCCGGUGCCAUGAAUGCCAGACUCUCCUCACACAGCUCUAGUCCACUCAGCCCAAAUGAGAGGCUGUAGACAAAUUUAGUGCACUGGUUCUUCAAGAGGGUGCCAGUUUUCCAGCCAUCAGUCCCUGCCAGACAGAACCUCUUGGUGCUUUCAACAGCCAGUGCCACUAGGGAGAGUCUCUGGUGCAAGCCAAAGUCAGAUGCUGCCUGUAACCGGCCUGGGAUUACCUGUUAGGAGCCAGUAAGUGACCUGCAGUUGGUAGCACCUCUGCUGGACCUGGAUGCACAUGGAAAAUCCACACUGUGAACUGAGACAAAAGGCACAAGGUAGCCUGAAACCUGCUGCUGCCUGCCUGUUACCUGUAAGGCUCAGCCUAUGAAAAAUCCUAGUGUGGUAUACAAGUUAGGUGAAACAGGGUCUCAGCAGGGUGGGGUGAGUCACGUUUACCAGGUUAAUCUAGAUUCAGAUUUGGCACCAGUUCUGAGCCUGAGGCCACCCAUUAAAUGUCACAGUGUACACUGAGGUCAGCCUCCACCUGCCUGGGGCCUAUACAGACUUUUGUGGUGGGUUGGAGUGUCAGGAGUCAUCAGGGUGGAGUGAGUGAAGUUCAUCAGGCUAAUGCAAGUUCAGAUUUGGUCAUGUGGUGGGGGGAGGGCUCAACACAGGGACAAUAGUGGCCCUUGCCCUAAAGCCACACAACUCAGUUUCUUCCUGUGUGUCUCUGGUGACCUCUGUGCUUGACUAGAACUCCUUGAGAGUUUUUUAAAGAAAGACCAUUGUGAGUCAAGGUUGACUGCUGGCCUCUGAAGGAGCCUGGGAUGGUUUGGGGGUUGGAUUGGGUGGAGUUUCAGGGAAUCAUCAGAGUGGAGCAAGUAGAUUUCACCAAGUCAAUGCAGAUUUAGAUUUGGCCAUGUGGAGGAUUGCUCAACACAGAAAAGAUGGUAUCUAUCAGUCAGCUGCAUUAGAGGAAUGCUCAACACAAGGACAAUGGUGGACAUCCUUCCAGCACACCCUACGGAAGCUCACAAUUCAUUUUCUCUCCCCGUGCCUCUGGUAACUCCGAGCUGCUAUCCUUCUGCCACAACUGAAGGAAUCCAGAUGCAGGCCAAGUACAGCAGCACGCGGAACAUGCUGGAUGAUGACUGGGACACAACCGUGAGCCUGCAUUCCCGAGUCUCUACUAUAUCCCGGCGUCCAGAGCGUGGGAACACAGAGCACCCGCCUCCCUCUUCCGCAUGGCGUCCAGUGGCCUUGACCCUGCUCAUUUUGUUCUUGGUGCUGCUGAUUGGCCUGGCAAUACUGGGGUUUAUGUUUUUUCAGGUCUACCAGCUCUCCAAAACUCAGAAAGACAGCAUGAAUAAAUUAGAAGAAAGAUCGGGGAAUCUCUCUCAACAACUGCAAUCUCUGCAAGCCCAGAAUAGGAAACUUGCAGAAACUCUGCAGCAGGUGGCUGAAAAGUACUGUCGUGAGCUCUAUAACAAAACUGGAGAGCACAGAUGUAGCCCUUGCUCAGAAAAGUGGAGGUGGCAUGGGAACAAAUGCUACCAAUUCUAUACAGAGAGCAAGAGUUGGCAGGACUGCGACUAUUUCUGUAUUGCUGAGAACUCAACCAUGCUGAAGAUAAACACACAAGACGUGCUGCAGCUUGCCAUGCCUCUGAGCUACAAUGAGUUUUUCUACUCUUACUGGAUAGGGCUAUCCCGCAACGGCAGUGACAAGGCCUGGCUGUGGGUGGAUGGAGCACCUUACACCUCGGAAUUGUUUAGGAUUAAAGCAGACUUGACCAGCCUCAGAGACAGGGACUGUGCGACCAUCCUCAGCGGAACUGUGUUCUCGAAGAACUGUCAGGAGCUGAGGCGGUGUGCGUGUGAGAGGAGGGCAACCGCAGUCCGGGUGGAGAGGCUCCCUUAGCCUCUCGCAGAGGCGGGAGCCUUCUCUCUGCCAAGGGCCAUUUGGAUAUUUAUAACAUCAUUCAGGGGCCGGACAAAAUCAUCAACUUCAAAAGUAGCCUGCUAUCUUGGGUCAGGCUAAUUUGGUGAGUCGUGCGAUGUCAGCUGGUAUUGAUUUCAUGGGCAUUACACGGCCUGUGGCUGGACAUCCCUCACCCCUGCCCCGGAGGUGAUUGACUCUCCAGCUACCACGACGACGCUGGCUCCCUUCAGAGAAAUUGAAGAUCAGAACAAAAGUCAGUCUCUUCACGUGCCUUUGUAAGAGUUUGGUUUUAAACUAUUCUCUGUCAUUUGAUCCGCGUUUGUAUAACAAGUCAACAGAAAGUUUGAGCACAGCAAAGGCAAUGCAAAGGAUAUUUGAGACCUAGGGAAAUGGGAAAACAAUCAGAAAGGGCAAUCCUUCUGACAGGCACAAGAAGGAUUUUUAUGGUUCUUGAUCAAGAUCACCAGCACUUCUGAGCUUGGAAGUUCAUGCCUGUAUUCACCAAUCACAAAGGAGUGUUGAUUCAUGUCACCAACCAGCUCCAGGAGCCCAUCAAGUUGUAAUCCACCUUCUGGAUUUUGAGAUAACUUUCUAGUGUUCUUCCCUUUCAGCAUCUAAUAUCAUCUCCUAUUUCCAUGUCUCCCUUAAUAUUUAGAGAAAUGAGAGACUUAAACAGAGGAAAUAAAUGUACGUAACAUCCUCUGCUCCAACAGUCGAUUAGUCCAUGAGAAAUUAGCAAUCAUUUCUUAUGUUGAACUACCAAAUGCAAAACUAUUUCAUUUUGUUUGCUUAAGUUCAUAAUUUUUUCCUUCUCAAUUUCUCGAUAGAGCCCCCAAUUGCUGUGUCUAUGGCCUGCAGGGAAAUUCUCUCCAUUAGAGUCUUAACUUCUUACAUGUCUAUUUAAGAUUCCACUGAUUGUCUCCUUCCCCUAGCAAUUUCUUCUAGGGUAAACAUAUUCUCAACUUGGUUGCAUAUCAGCAUUACUCUCCCUGAUGUUCUCAGAGAGAUUGAUGACCAGAACCAAAGUCAGUCUGUUUAUAUGCAUCUGUUAUGUGCAUUGGUUUCAGUUCCUAUUUGCUACCAUUUGAUCUAUGUUUAUACCUUUCAGGUACUGAAGAUUUAAUAAUAAUAAAAGUAAACAAUGUGAAGCAUGUGUGAUUUUAGAAUGGAUUUGUGAUUUAGGGAAAUAUUCAGUGUGGAAAUGUUCUUCAAAAGAUGAUAGAUGUCAGUGUUCUAAUUGUUGGCUCCUCAUUGAGACCUAUGGGCUCUGUAAGAGUGCUGAUAUUUGAGGAAAAUAAGAAGUCCUUGAGAUGCAUGCUGUCUUCAAGAGGAUGGUUUUAAUACUUUCCUGAAAUGAAAUUGUUUGAGGCAAGUUUACGUCAUCAACAUGUGACUCAAAAUGAAGAAAUCAUAUUGCAGUAGGGCAAAUUAUCCAAUCAGGUCAUGAAAAGUGAGAGACAGUGACAUGCUUAGUUGGCUUCCUGUGGAGGUGUCCUUUUCUCAGGAUGACAAUAUGCACCACCACGCAGGGGCCAUUGCGAAUUACACCAUCAUAAACACUGACUUCGUUUGUUUAUAGAAAAAUUCAUUUUAGGGCUUUAACACUAGAAAGAAUAAUUUAUUAUAAAUCUUUACUUUUCAACAGUGGAAACUGGGAUGCUUCAGUUUUAUUUUCAGUAAACAUCUAUGUUAUGGUAAAAUGACAUUAAAUGAUAAAGAGAACACUUUCAUGUUCAUUUUCAUAAGACUCUUA